UACGAUCUGCCGAUGACCGGAGCGUGGAUUUCACACCCCAUCUAGACCACACCCAACAAAGAAAUGACAUCAGCAAAAGCAAAAGCUUUCAAUGCCGUGUGGAAAGAAUGCCAGACACACAGAGAGAGUCAUUUGUCAAGAACCAAAUAAUUAAAUGACAUCUUACAUAAAAAUCACAUACUCUAGUACUUGUAGUUUAGCAAUUUGCCUUUCAAUUUCCAAAUUUCCUUCACUCAGUUGUCUGAUACGAGAAAACCCCAUUUGAUUAUUCCAGCUCCAGGAUAGUAAUUUCCAGAAUUUGUUGACAUUUUAAUCUCUUCUUUUUUUUUUUUUUUUUUUAUAUAUAAUUUUCCACUGCACCCACCCCCCUCUGUUUGUUUAUAUAUCUAUCCAUCCGUUGUCUUCUGGCCCCAUGUAAAUAGUAAAACCCCACACAAGCAUAUUCUCCUUUGGAAUACCCUUUAUUCAGUUUUCUUCUUCUUCUCCCUCAUCAUCAACCAUGUCCUCUAUGCUCUGCUCACAGGGAUUGGUUCUGGCCACUGCCAUGGCUGUCUCCGGCACCGUAAUACUCCUCGCUCUUCGCCUUCAAAAAUCUCUCCCAGCCUCCCUUUUACCUAUUGACCAAAUUCCAGAGUCUUCACGGCAAGUUCUACGCUCCUGUAUCUCCUCAGAGGGUAAGAAGAAGAAGAAAAGGGUGCACUUUGCAGAGGAUGUGGUGGAUCCAAGAGGGAACGGGGAAGAGUUCAGGAGGCAGCGCGGUACCAUUGUUCUUGGCAAGAAUUCAUCUUCUCCAUCAAAGUUUAAGAAAAUUGGUGGUGCUGCUGGUGAUGCUAAAGGCAGAGGAAUGCCUGCAAAUAGAGUGGCUCUUUACAAUGGAAUCCUGAGGGAUCGUGUGAUUCACCGACUAGCCUAUUCCUAUUAACUGAUUGUUUUUCCUGUAUAAUAUUUUGUGUAGCUGAGUAUUUUUAGUCCAAUACUGCAUAAUCUUCUUCUUUCCUUUUUUUUUUUUUUUUUAAUGUUACAAGUUGGAUUGAGGUAUGGGCCCACAGUUCUGUACCUGUCAUCUUUUCUCAUCAGCUAAUUGGCUAUGGUGGUGAAUCCUCUUGGUAUUUAGCAGAGGAUUUUGUCUGUAACUUUUGAGGGUAAUCUAAUUGGAUUUUGUUCAUAAGUUAAAAAUAUCAAGAAUUCUGUCUUUUCCUACUCCA